AUGCUUUUCGGACCGCUAGGGACAGGUGCCGUUGGUGUCGUGCUGCUCGCCGCCGCGCUCCACCUCUACACGAGAGUCUCCGCCGAGCUGCAGCGGCGGCGUGGCGGCGGCGGCGCACCCCAGCGACUCCCUUCUGUGGCAGAGGAGGAAGGCGAGGCGAGUGUGGCCAAGUCUGCGCCGCUCGAGUCCGAGUCCGCGGCCGACCCCUCGGCCGAUCUCGAGCCACGUUGCGGCGUGCUGCUCACGGCGGCGCUUGGCGGCGCGGGCGCCUUGUACCUGCUUGCAUUGGCGGGCGUCACCUCCGCAACAGCGGGCGGCACACUCGUCCAUUACUCUCUCACCGCCUUCUUCGUCGUCGGCGAUUGGGGCUUCGACCCGGGCAUGCACGUGUGGCGCGGCGCCGAGGCGGUCAAGCAGCGCUGCCAAGGCCUCAUCGCGGAGCACAUGCGGCGCGAGGCGGAGGAGCGCGGCGACGUGGCCUUCGUUGUCAACGUGGGCGACUCCUUCUACCCGAGCGGCGUGAGCAGCGUCGACGACCCGCAGUGGGAGACGCGGUGGGCGCAGCAGUACGCGCAGCUGCCUCGCCCGCGGAGAGGCGCCAACGCCGGCGAGGUUGUGCCGUGGUACAGCGUGUAUGGCAGCCACAGCCUCUCGCAGCGCGACCUCGCGACUGAUGAAGUAGUCAUCGCGCUCGACUUCAACGCGGCCGACGCGUCCAAGCUCUGCACGUGGGUUGCCUGCGCCAAGGAGAGGUGCGACUCGUGGGACGAGCAGUUCGACGCCGCGCGCGGCUGCACGCAGGCGGGAUGCGCCGCCAACCUCAGGCAGCGGGAGGCGGCGGCGGCGGCGCUGCUGCGCGCUCGCGUCGACGCGGCGGCGAGCGAGGGCCGCUCGCACCUGCUCGCCUUCUCUCACUACCCGGUCGACUACUUGCGCGGCCGGUGGAGCGCCGCCGGCGACGCGCUGCACGGCCGCUCCGGGACAGCCGCGAGACAGAAGCGCGAGACGCUGGGCAUGCUGCGCGACCGGCGCGUGGCGCUGGCGUACUUUGCAGGCCACCGUCACGGGACCGAGAACAACACUGGCCCGUUCUCGGAGCCGGCGCAAGCCUUCACGCUCGGCGGCGGCGGCGGCUGGAGCUGCGACGGCGACCAGGGCUACCUCGUGGGCGAGGUGCUGUCGGACGGGUCGUGGGACAAUUUGCGGCUCGUGCGGAUGGAGCGGAGCGAGUGCUGCGGCCCGCCACGCUCCAAGGCGGCGUGGGACGCUGGCUGCCUCGCGCAUUCGGACUGCGACCAGGCGCGGAUGAAUUGGGACUUCAACUCCUGCUGCGCGGCGGUCGUGUACUUGCGGUCGUGUGCGAGUGGCUAUUAUUCGGCUUUUUAUGUGUCUCUUACCAACCAGAACCACGAGCAGAGACCAGAGUACGCAUCUUACUGUUAA